AUAUAAACUUAACCACACUUUUAUAACCUCUAUUUUAUCGUGCUCUACAAGAUAUAUAAAAUAUAAUUCGAUUUGAUUAACGUAAUUAGAUAAAAUGGCAAGAAAGAGGAAAGGACGUUCCGUAAGAAAAAAUCAAAAUCGAUGUGGAGAAUCGGAGGAGUUAGUGCAAGCACCCCAUUCAUUUGUUAUUUGUAAAGGAGAUAAUAGUAUUGUUGGGGAAUUGACGAAAGAUUUUCGCAAGGUUAUGGAACCUUUUACCGCAUCCCAGUUGAAGACUAGGAAAAAAAACACAAUCAAAGAUUUUGUCUCGAUUGCUGGUCCGUUACAUGUUUCACACAUUUCUGUCUUCAAGAGUACAGAUAUUGGACUGUAUUUGAAGAUUGCUAGGCUUCCAAGAGGACCUACUUUGACCUUCAAAGUAUGCAAAUACUCCUUAGCAAAAGAUGUGAUCUCUUCACUAAAGAAACAAUAUGUAGUAGAAGAAGCUUUCAAACAUUCUCCAUUGAUAGUAUUGAAUGGUUUCAGCGGAGAAGGACUGCAAUUGAAAAUGAUGGCUUCCAUGAUGCAAAAUAUGUUUCCAACACUUAAUUUAACAAACGUAGAUCUCAAUGAUGUCAGACGAGUUGUACUUAUGAACUAUAAUCCAACAUCCAAGCUCAUCGAUUUUAGGCAUUAUGGGAUAAAAAUUGCACCUGUCAAUAUCUCAAAAGGAGUAAAGAAAGUUGUUCAAGGCAAGAUUCCCAAUCUUUCGAAAUGCAGUGAUAUGUCAGAGUUUUUAACAAAAUCAGGAAUGUUAUCGGAAAGCGAAGCUGAAGACGACCCAAAUAAUCAUGUUGUUUUAGGACAGAAAAUAAUUUCUAGGGGUAAUUUAGAGAGUGGAAAGUCAUCUAUUAAGCUAAGUGAACUUGGACCUAGAUUGACAUUGAAGCUCUUGAAAAUCGAGGAUGGUUUGAUGGAUGGAGACGUAUUAUACCAUGAAUUUAUCCAGAAAACUGAAGAAGAGAAAGAAGCAAUAAAAAAGAAGAGGGAAGAAGCAAAAAAACUAAAGGAAAAGAGAAAGAAGAUACAGGAAACUAAUAUCAGAAAGAAAGAAGAGGAGAAACAAUCUAGGAAACAUAAAAAUAACAAGGAAACAAAGGAAGGACAAUCGCUGAAAAGACCUUUAGAAGAAGAUAAUGAUGAGGAUGACGACGUUGAGUACUACAGACAAGAAGUUGGUGAAGAACCAGAUAAAGAUCUCUUUCAGAGAAAACCAAAACCAGCUCAAGAUCACAAACAAAAAAAUAAAAAAUUCAAGAGGAGUAAAGACCAAAAAAGCUAAUUUAUUGUACAAAAAAAUUGAUAUAAAAUAAACUAUUAUUUUUUA